UCCACCCCUAUUGCACUCGACUUUUUUCAGUACAUUGUGCUGCUUGGGCAAUCAAAGCAUUCCUACCGCCGGAUGUCGAAAUCUGUCCCAGGGUUCAAAGUUAGGAUUGACCUAAGGAAGAAGGAAGUUGUGGAAGAGUCCCCUUCUCCUUUCGUUAUAGUGGAUGUCAAGCAGUGUAAGAGACUCACCAGGGACCAGCAGCAUCAGGGACGAAGGCAAUGUCAAUCAACUGCCAGCCAAAAGCGCAUUCAUUCCUUCAGAGUCUUAUUUAGUAUUCCUGACGACUUCAAGCUCUUGGGAAACGCAUACGACUUGUUCCUAGGACUAUGCCCUCCGAAGCACCCGGAAUUCAAAACUAUCGCCGCACGUCUGCGAAGCUACCGGAACGCAAGGGGCUUUUACAAGAAGAGCAGAGGCCCUUUGUCAGACGCUGGGCUGUUUUUGAGCGAGAACACCGUGACUUGUUUUCACUGUGGUGGUGCUCAUGGAGAGUGGAGCGAGGGAGAUGACCCGCAUGUCGAACACAGCCGCUGGUAUCCAGAGUGCUCCUUCAACAGAUUCAUAUUAGGGGAUAAUGUGGUGAAUUUUAUCUGGAGAGAACAUCACACAUACCUGAACAGGCUUGCAGAACGCGGACGUAGAGAGACUGGAGUGAAGGCGCUAGUGGACGCUCGCUUUGGCAGUGAAGACAUCCGUUUUUAUGAGGCUUCAGGAAUUAAAGUACAAGUCCUGUACCUCGCAGCAUCGUCGCUGACAGAGGAUGCUUCCAAAGAUGACAUCGAGGCGAAACUCAGUGAGCUUUGCGACUUCAGACUGGAGAUUGAUUGGAGAACAAUACCACGUGACAAUCAAUGCUCAGAUCGCUCGUUGGCAUGUCCGGGGCAUGUCCCUGAUAUGUUACGACCUGAGGACCAGCCAGGACCUUCCCAACCGUUCGAACUAGCAGAUCCGACUGGUGGAUUUGAAUAUUUAAGCCGCUCCAGGUACCCUCAGUACGCGGACCUGUCGGAAAGGUUGGCUACAUUCGACCGGUUCCCGCACACUCCCACGGAGCUCAUCAAUCCUGGAAGUAUGGCUAACGCUGGAUUCUUUUACGCAGGGGAAGGCGAUAAAACGGGCUGUUUCCACUGUGGAGUUCUACUCUCGGAAUGGGAACCUACCGACGAUGCAGCCACGGAACACAUGAGAUGGAAUCCAAGGUGCGAAUACAUCCUGUGGAUGCUAAGGCGUACGUCGUCCGCACAUUUGGGACUACCUGAUAACAUAAGGCCUAUGGGAAGUUCCCGUAUAGCAUCCGUCACGACAGAUCGUGUGACCGUGAUGCCGCCAGUGCUGCCCGAACGAACAGCAGACGUAACUAGGCCCCAGAACCCGGGAACCGUCCAGCGCCAAGACGCUAACGGAGCGACAUACCAGACCGAGAGGCACAUUAUACCACAGAAGGAACCAGCAUACCGCCGGUACGCAACGUUGGCAGACAGAGAGGCAUCUUUUCAAGCCUACCCAGCGACUGCAAAGGGAAAUACGCGAAAAAUGGUGAAGGCGGGCUUUUUCUACACAGGGACUGAGGACCGUACGAUGUGUUUUCAGUGUGGAAACAGCCUUUGUGGUUGGGACGUUGACGAUGACCCAUUGCUGGAACAUGCCAGAUGGUUCCCGGAGUGCCCGUACGUCGAACUCCAGCUUGGACACCUGGCCAUCAACGACGUUAGGCAGACGCACCGAGAUCUGAUUGCGGAACGACAUGAAGCAGAAAUCAGCAAGUCUGACGGGCUAACCGAAAUGAUGCUGCACCAUCUGAUAUCAGCUGAUAUCGUUCGCUGUCUGCUUUCCCAAGGCAUUGACGAUGUCCUCAUGAACUUGGCGAUUCGAACAAGGUUAAACAGCACUGGAUUGAUUGACGUCUUCGAUGAACAGGACGUUCGCAGAGCAGUAGCAGAUGUCAUCCCCCCCGCAAAAGAAUGUCAGAACAUUGGAAGUUCCAAAAGGUGAUGGCGGUGAUCUCAGCAAGUGCGUUGUGUGCGGAACGAGAGGCCGACACAUCAUUUUCUUUCCCUGCAAUCACCUUGUAGCCUGCAGAGGAUGUGCAUCGGAUUCCACCGUUUGUCCCUCCUGCACCCGUCCGAUUACGAGCAGAAGGGAUGUCUUCUUCACCUGAAGAGGGUAUAUUACAGAAAAUGGCGGCGGGCACCUGUCAAGAGACGUCUGCAACCUGUUGACAAAGACUCGAUCAAUCAACCAAUCAAUUCACCCCAUCAAAGUUGUAGACAAGAAAAACAUCUCGUUGUGUAACCUUAUGCCCAACUUACAACAUGCAGUGCAGUAUUCCACGCAUUCGCAGGUCACGUAUUAGCUUACAUAAUUUAUUUAUUUACAAUACCCCAAAGGCUCUUGCGAGCAUUGCAUGGGGGAGUGGGGUUGUACAGAUAUUAGGUAUGAUAAUAAAUGCACUUGACAAAUAACGGUGCGAAAAGAAAGGAAUCAAUUGAUUAUUAGUUAAUGGUUAUAUGGUAGAUGAUAUCUUCCUAUGAAACGUGGUGUGAUCAGUGAGCUGCGCAAUAUUCAAGGGAAGAUCAUUCCAGUUAAUAGUAGUCUUUAAAAAAAUGAUUUAGCAAAGAUCUAAGUGUGGCACACGAAACGAGUUAUAGUUAUAAUGAAGGCAGAACAUGCGUUACGAACAACAUUCUUUCUUCUCUCCAGGAACGCACAGUUAUCAAAUGUAUCUAAUCAUACGAUCACACAAUUCUCUACUAGGCCUGGAGUAGAUUGUCCCGCGGUGAGCAGGCUCACAUCACCAUUUUUUUCUCUCCUACCAUUAUCAUCAUCAUCAUUCAUGAAUGACACAUCUGGACUCAUCUUACCUACUACAUGUUCAACUGAUGUCUUCCAGAACUUUCAUGUUUUGAGAUUUGCAUGCUCCACUGUAGUGUUGUGUCACAUGUCUCAUGCCAUUCUAUUCUUUAUGACCGACAUGUUGGUGUUAGAGUGUACUGCAAUUACGUGCACAUCCUGUAGAAACUUGACUUGCUAACCCUAUCACACCGUAGAACUUUUAAACAUUGUAUUUUCCUGCACAAACUGGUUCACUCUGCCGUCUACUCCCCUGAUUCGCUACGCUUAAUUAGCAUCCCUGCACCCUCUCGUUCGCUUAGGUCAUACCCCAUUUUUCAGUUCGACUGUAUAUACAAACUAAGUCUGAUUUAGACGUCUGGUAACAUGUUGUAAUAUCGAGUGACAGUUGUAAUAUCGAGUGACCACAUGUUGACAGGCUGUUGACAUUUUCGCUGAGUCCUCUAGUGUUAAUAAUGCUACUCUCAUACUAUGCUCACAACCCAUGAUUAGAAUGUCUAUAUGUUAUGUUUUUGACUGUUACUCUUUGGUUAUGUUGUAUGUUGAUUAUGUUUGAUGUUUAGAUAUUAUGAGUUGUACUACCCAUUUAUCUUAUCCUAUACUUUUGCCAAUUUUUGUCUGUGACACCCCCACUGCCCUCUACUUGGCCCUCUGGACCUUGAGUGUAUGUAAAUAAAUAAAUAAAUGCUAUUAAACCUAUUUUUAAAGGGA